AUUCACUCCAGCCAGGCAGUCUGAGAAGGAUUUUCAAUGGCGAAAUUCUCUCCCUGUACUCGCUUCACCCUUCUUCUUCUGUUACCUCAUUUCCUGAGUGCAUCACCUGUCACCUCAGAUGAUCUUCUAAUUGACACCGGGAAUGGGAAAGUUCAAGGGAAGUUGCUUUCUGUGCUGGGUGGUAAUGUUAGAGCAUUUUUAGGAAUUCCUUAUGGGAAACCACCUGUGGGGAAACUGCGAUUCAGCCCUCCAGAGCCAGCAGAGAGUUGGGAAGGAGUGAGGGAUGCCACCCAAUUCCCAAAUUCAUGCUACCAGGUGCUGGACAAUACCUUUCCAGGGUUCCAAGGUUCAGAGAUGUGGAACCCAAACACUCCUCUAAGUGAAGACUGUCUGUACCUAAACGUCUGGACCCCCCGUUUCAACAAAACUGAGCCCAAGCCCUCCCCAUUGGCUCAUGUCCUUGUCUGGAUCUAUGGAGGUGGGUUCAGUUCUGGAACAUCCUCCCUGGACCUGUAUGAUGGUCGCUUCUUGAGUAAAUCUGAAGAUGUUAUUAUAGUAUCAAUGAAUUACAGACUCGGAGCUCUUGGGUUCCUGACUACUCCUGCCGAUAAGAACGUCCCGGGCAACGCAGGCCUGAUGGACCAGCGCUUGGCCCUCCAGUGGGUUGCCAAAAACAUAGCUGCUUUUGGAGGGGAUUCUACAAAGGUGACUCUGUUUGGGGAGAGCGCUGGGUCAGCAUCUGUGGGCUUCCACCUGCUCUCUGCAGGGAGCCAGAGUCUUUUUCAAAGGGCUGUGAUGCAAAGUGGCUCUCCUAAUGCACCCUGGGCCAAACUCAGCCAGAAUGAGGCCUGGCACAGGUCUACGAUGCUGGCGAAGCUACUGGGUUGUCCCGAAUCUUCUCCAUCUGAUAUGAAAGCUUGUCUGCAGCAGGCUGAUCCUAUGGAACUCACAUUGAAGCAAUAUGAUGUUAUCAUAUGGCCUUCACUCAUAGGCAUUCCCUUUGGCCCUUACGUUGAUGGAUACUUCCUACAAGAUACAGUCGAAGCAUCGCUUAGUACCGGUAAGCUUCCAAAGAAAGAUGUGCUGUUUGGCAUAAACAAGGACGAAGGGAGCUACUUCCUAGUUUAUGGAAUUCCUGGGUUUAACAACACCGGUCAGAGUCUCAUCACCAGAGAUGAGUUCCUGAAAGGAGUGUCAAUUUCAAUGAAAGAUGCAAGUGAUGCCACUAGGGAUAUGGCCACGUUUCACUACACUGAUUGGACAGAUGAGAAUAACAGGAUGAAAACUCGUGACUCGCUGGGGAGUCUGGUUGGAGACAAAAUGAUUGUUUGUCCUGUGCUAGAGUUCGCUCGGAGGUACUCUCAACGUGGUGGUAAGACUUUCCUUUAUUCAUUCGACCACCGGUCGUCCAUCAAUGCUUGGCCAGAAUGGAUGGGCGCUAUGCACGGCUAUGAGAUAGAGUUUGUCUUCGGGAUGCCUCUGAAUGCAUCACUGGGAUACACGAAGAAUGAAGUGAACAUGACAAAGAAGUUUAUGAAACACUGGGCCAACUUUGCCCGGACGGGGAAUCCCGGCAUUGAUGGAGAUAACUGGCCCACGUUCACCCCUGAACAGCAGGAGUAUGUCACUCUGAACACCAACCAUCCAGAACGAAAGAGGAUGCUGAGAGCUAAAGAGUGUCAGCUCUGGAACACAUUCCUUCCAAAAGUACAACAAGUCUCAGAUGAUCUCCAGUCUUGUCUUACAGCAAAUGGGAUUCUACUCCACUGUAACUACACCUUCCUCCUCAUUUUAUCAGUCAUAACUGUGACCUAUUGAUAUAGAGAAGAGACCUGUGUUCUAUACAGCCAUAUUCAACAGCUUACAUAACAUAUAGUUGUUUUGGUCUUUACUGUUUUUGUGAUUACAGAAUGUAUGAAACUUACUGUAUACGGUGUGUGUGCUUUAGUUAAACAAAUGCUCCUGUUUGUUGUAACUGUUCUUUCAAUAACCAGCAUUCACAGCGACAGUAUCAUUAAGAGAUGCAGCUAUUCACAUAUCAUGGUAUACCAACAAGAGCCUCCAGCUCUGCAGGCAUUUAAUUUUCAUAAGUGAUCAAACAGUUCCAU